AUGCAGAGCGUUCGCUACAAAGGGCAUCGGAUUGAGAUUUCACGUGAAGCAGAACUUCAAGACGACGAUCCAGAGCGCGACAGGCCAGAUGAUGAGCGUGGAGCGCAGAUUUUGGGGAUUUUUCGGGUGAAGGAGGUUCAGGUCUACGAUGCUAUGAUGCUGAUAUCGCCUGAGCUGAAGCAGCAGCUAGAGUUUUGGCAGAGUAUCACAGGAAAGAACUUACAUGGCAAUGCUUACAUUUUUUCGGUGGAUAAAACCCUUGCGCUGGAGCAGCCGGCAGAUUUGCAACAAUUGGGCACUCGACAUUUCCGAGGUUUUCUGUCUGUGUUGGAGCCAGAGCAACCUCCUCGCUUGUGGAGGGAUUUGGAUAGGGCUGCAAAUCAGUGGAUAGGAGAUAUGCCUCCAAAUGUCAUGCUGCGAGCUCCGAAACUGUUCGUGGAGCAGGUGGUCUGUGGAAGAUGGUCAGCGUUGCUGCUCCCUCACCUCCCCAACACAAAGAAAUCCGGCUCCUCGACCCUUACGAUGAAUUGGCCUGCAGUCGGAAUCGAUGCCCAUCACCCAAGUUUACCCCAGCUGAGUCUGAUCGCCCAGACAUUCCCCGAUGAAGAGUCGAGUGUUGUUUUGAGCGCACAGCUUCUAGACGAAGCCAUGGAUUUCUUGAAAACCUAUGCGGCUUCCCUGUCUGUUCAUGCUACUGACGAUUCAUUUGAGAAUGUAGAGUACAUCGCUUUGCAGAAGUGUGUAGCGACCUUCCAGGCACUGAAAGCAAGCAUGGAUCCCAGUGCUUUUGUUCGCUCGGUCCGGGACAUGACUGGCAAAGGGGUGGCUUUGUGGCGAUGCUCCAGACGGCCAUAUCAAGUCGCUUUCCUUGUGAAGGCGGUGACUCUGGCGAGUUUGCUUCGCAGUGCAGAUGCGAUGUCAGAAGCUUUACAAACAGCUGCGUGUAUUGUUCUUCCUUCAGUGCUGCAACCAUCCUUUCUGACGAUGCUGGAGACCUGUAGGCAGCACAUUCCGCACGAGAGUACAAUCUCUAGAUGGAAAUUACUAUUGGAUGGAAGUUUCAUGCUUUUCCAGCGCCAAUGCAAUCAAGCACAAUCCAGCGCUUCAGGUGGUUUCGCGCGAUAUUUAAUGGCUGACGCAUCAUCCCAACACGGCCGCGAGCUGGAACACAUUAUGCUUUGCAGCAUCAAGAAGCAAGACUUGGCACGCCUCUAUGCCAACUACUGCCGUUUGAUGGACAUGUGGCAUGCAGUGGAGGACGAUGAUGGUGCUGCGGUACAAGGAGAGACGCCGAUCUUGUCAGAUUUGCGUGCCAGUGUAGUUGAGCACCAUAUGCCAAUCAUGUCACUUGGGUCUGGUCGCACUACUCUUCAAGACAAAUUCUGUGCGAUAAUGUAUGCCAUGAUGCUGGAAGCUGGGCCGACUCCUGAUUGCCUCGCUUCGUUUGCCAAUGAGAUCAUUGCAGGAACUUCUGACCUGGGAGUGGAGUUCUCUUUAAGUAAGAUACUACCCACGUCCUUUCGCAAUUUGUUCCCAUGGUUUCAUAUGCCUGAUGCAGCUGCCAAUGGCGGUGACGACAGCAAUUGUAGAGCUGAUGAUGAUGGUGAUGGGUUUGAUGUGCUUCCAGAGCCCGAACAUCAGCCUGGCGAUGUUGAAAAUGUUUCCUUUCAGAACAUGCUCUCUGUGCCGGGCCCUCUUCACAUCAUCGACAAUGCUACAAAGCGUUUGCUGGAUCAGCUGCCGUACUUGAACCAAGCCGUGCCGAAGUUAGUUGGCUUAUCUCGCUUUCUGUCGGACAGGGAACAGAAGCAACGCCUGUUGUCCACAUGUUUCGGAGAGCAAAUGGCGCAGGCCUUUCGACCGGUCGUCGCCAAAUUUCAUGCCAAAGUGAACGAGGGCAGAUGGGGGAGUGUUGCUUUUGCCAUUCCUGAGGUAUUGAAAAUGCAGGUGCCUUUGAAGCGCUUUUGGAAUUUGGAAUCCUUCAGGUUUGGGCAACCAGACACACAGCACAACAGUCGGCAGGAUGAAGCUGGUUCCGGUGUCAAAUUAGAUCUGGUGAACGAAGCCAUUGAGUCACCAGAUUUCUGGGCGCAGUUGCAGACACUGGAUCAAAUUUUCGAGGUUGUCCGGGACAUCUUUGAAUGGAUCGAAUCCUGCCCAUGCCACUACAAGCGAGAUGCAGUGCCUGAAAUCAAGCAGCGAUGGAAAUCGUGCCCCUUGAGGGGCCGUCGCUUAUCAGAGAUCUGUUGUGGAGAGCUGUUUCAGGUCGUGAACGAAAUUUGCUUGGUGAAUGCAGCAAGACUUUAUUUGGAACUGCCAGCAGAUCUGUCUCCUGAGAGUCGUGCUUCCUGCCUCCUGGACUUCGAACAUGGUCGUGGCCACCUGACGUUUCAACUGACCUUGAAAAUGUCCUGCUUCUUGACACCGCCGUUGUUGGUUUUAGGGCUCGCCCGCUACAAUCCUUCGAAACCUGAUCAGCAAAAAAUGACGUUGCAAAGCUGUGUGGAUUCGAAUUGUCAGCAUCCGCUAUUGCAGAAACUACGCGAAGGUGAACUAAAGCAAGAAGCGGAGUUGUUCUUGGAGGGCGAGAGUUUGCAACUGCUUGACCAUCUCCAAGAGUUCAUGGGCGGUUUGCUUUUCGCUUGGGGCACUGAGCGCAAGGUGGAGGGUGGGCAUGCUCAGGUGAAAAUGCUUGCUGGCAGCCGUCGCAAUCGCACGGAAGCCACCGACUCCUUGGCACUUCGGCUUGGGGAGAUCAAGCGGGUUCUGUCGUCUGCCGACAUUACAGCUUUCCUUGAGUGUGUUCAAGCCGCCCGUAACCCUCAGAAGCUUGUCGCCCGGCUUGGCCUAGGCCGGCACCCUAGUUGCAGGUUGGCAAAGAGUGGCUGGGAUCCCAUUUAUCGCAAGAUCGUGUACCAUGCUGACCCAUUGUCUCUGUAUGACCGGAACCCACCAAAGUUGUUCUUGAAGUCGGACGGGGCUGGUCCAAGUGCCCGGCCAGUUGCUGUUGCUUUGCAGGAUGAUGAGGAAGACCUUGCGUAUGAAGCUUGUGAGCUGCAGCAUGCUCUUGCGUUGCGGCAUUUGAGAAGACAGCUGACACUUGUGGCCAAAGACAAAGAUAAACGAAUGUUGUUUUCCUGUGCAAUGCCAGCCAAUGCCCUUACAUUGUUGUCGAAGUGGCUGGUGCCGUCGGUGCACUCUGAAGCUCAGCCGGCUCAGCCUGAGGCGCUUGCAUCAGCGUCAGGGAUGGAGAGCGAGACUGUCGACAGCAUUGUACCGGCACGUUCGCUGAUGCAAGCUUUGGUGUCAGAAGCAUCUCGUGUUGAAGUGGGCACGGUCUUUUUUCGGCUUGUUGCUCUUGGUUUGUCUCAAGCGAAACUUGCUGGGCCGGUGGACUUUUCGAGCAGCGAGAUUGGGAUUCUCUUGUUGAAAACAAAGGAGGUUGCAGAGCAAGCUGAUGCGUACCAUGUUGAAACUUCCGGCGUGAAGCUGCCAUCAGCAUUUGUAGGAAGUGGCGAAAGCUUGCAAGAGGUCCCUCUGGUGUGUUCUUUGUCGUGCCUGAGUUUGGCUCAGCUUCGCUCGUUCCGGUUGUGGGAGGAAUCCUCCUCUGUGCAGGCAGAUCCGGAAGCAGCAUCCGCGGCUGUGCUGGCUAUUGCACCCUCACAGGUCCUCCGGAUUCGUGCCGACCUUCCGCUUGCAGAUCGUUCUACCUUCGAGCUUGUCGAGGAGUUGUUGGCUAAGAGAUGGCAGUGCUUGGUGGCGCGGGAUGGCUCGCACAUGACUGAUUGGCUGAAAAUCAUAAUGAGACAGGCGAGUCAGCAUCCAUAUCAACACGGAGGCGAGAAGCAGUGGUGGAUAUGCGCGGCUGAUGUUCGAGAUCCACACACUGCUCGUUUCAGAGCUUAUUGCACAGCUUUGCUUUCUGCUGACGAAAUGGAGAUUACAGUCCCGCACUUCCGGCCAAUUCAAGAUUACUUGCGGCUCGUGGACAGUCACGCUUUGGCUGUCUGGGAAGAGGGCCAGAAAUCGAAACGGAAGCGUCGACACGGUCGCACUUUUGCUGUGGCUGAUGCUGACGAUUGGGAUAUACUAGAAGCUGCUGCGCCGGAAUCGAAGCGUCGCAAGACAUCUCAUCCCAAGCGAAAUGCUGGCAUGCGAAAACCUCGGGCUCCAGCCAAGAGUUCCGCUGCUGUGGCGGACGUUGAUAGUGGUGCAAAGGCUCCGCUUGAAGCGCCUGGUUUGGAGGAUGACCGCUAUUCGCAGGCGGACCAUCGCUCUGACGCUGAGUCCGGUGGCUCGAAUGCUUUACAAGAGAUGCUGGAUCUUUUUGACGAAGAGGAUAGAUUGGAAAACCAAGCCGAAGCUGCAUCCACUGUACAUGCUGCCUCGUCAAAGAAGCCCAGUAGCGAGCAAAUGCCAGCCCAGGCCGAGGGCCAGGACGACAGCAGCAGCGACAGCAGCAGUAGCAGUAGCAGUUCCUCUUCAAGCAGCAGCAGCAGCGACAGCACUUCCGGUGGCCCUCCUGCAGACGCAGGUGAUGGCAUCGUAGAGGCUCGUGCGUCAGUCAGAGGCGCAGCGAAACCUUCCAAGGCAUCAGGGGUUCCUUUUACCCGCGACCGCUUCAACAGGAUUCCAUGUGGCCUGCACUACUUGACUCCGCGAUUCAAGGAGGGUGUAGUGCAAUCGUACCAGAUGCGGUGCGCUCUGCCAGCGCACAACGAGGAGGACAGAUGCACCAGAGAAUUGGCAGUGACCGUUGCCGGUUCAGAGAGAGAUGCGAGGCGGGUGCUGAAGGCGUGGGUCCUCCUUGGCCACAGCAUGCCUAACAGGUCUGAGCAUAUGAGCAGAUCAAGCCGUGAUAUGUUAUUGGCGAAUCUUCGAGAUGGGACACUUCUUUCAGAAGAAGACCUUGAUCGAAUCAUGGCGUCCGGUGCUGACGACACCAUCCAAGCUCCGUUCUGUGCAGCUCCGGCAAAGCCGCGGAAGGGGAAGAAGCUGGGCGCCAGGGGCAAAUCCGUACCCAAGGAUGUCCAUGAGCGAAUGCUCAAGCUUGCAGAGAAAGGUGGGAUUCCAGACACGACUUUGGAACAAAGAGAGCGCAACAAGAAGACUUCAGCUUUGUACGGCAUACCGAAGCCACUGCAGGAAGCAUUAGAUUGGGGCUAUUUGCACCCCAAUUUGCCUCCGCCGACGGGGUACUUCUGGCAGUAUCAUGCAAACAGCUGGAGAUUGAGCAUUCGUGGCGGUUGA